CGACUCCCCAAACGGUAAACACGAGUGACGAAAAUGAUUCGCGACUGACACAGUUUGUCGGCACGAUGGAGUGCACUCCGUCUGCAGUAUCCCUCAGAGAAUUUGGCUGCGAGCAAAAUUUACUCUCACGUCCUGACGGAUCGGCGUCUUUCACACAAGGUGACACAAGUGUACUGGCUGCAGUAUACGGACCAGCUGAAGUCAAAGUCAGUAAGGAGAUUUAUGACCGGGCGACGUUGGAGGUGAUCAUCCAACCCAAAGUGGGACUUGCAAGCGUGAAGGAGCGAGCUCAGGAGCAGUGUGUGCGGGAAAGCUGUGAGGCAUCCCUGCUUAUGUCCCUUCACCCUCGUUCGUCCCUCACGCUCGUUUUACAGGAGCUCCAUAACGAUGGCUCUCUCUUAUCCUGCUUCUUGAAUGCCGGCUGCAUGGCUAUGAUGGACGCCGGUUUGCCAAUGAGCUGCCUGUUCUGCGGCGUCACUUGCGCCAUCCACACGGACGGCAUCAUCACCGAUCCGACCGCUGCUCAGGAAGCGGAGAGUCGAGCUCUAAUGACCUUUGCCAUCGGCAGCAAAGAGCGCCAAGUGAUGAUGACCUCAACCAAAGGAUCGUUUUCAGUGCAAGAGAUGCAGCAGUGCAUCGCCAUCAGUCAGGCGGCGUCUGAGAAGAUCUUCAGCUUCUACAGAGAAUCGCUCAGACGGCGUUACUCCAAAAGCGUCUGAUUUUUUUCUUAUUCUACUCUCCGCACAAAGUCCACUUUUUACAAUAAAAUAUUCAUCAACCUAUUUUGACCUCCUCUGCAUGCAUUAUUUUGAUUCUUAUUGAAAUGCUCCAUUUCUAGAAAUUCCUGCCGUGUGUGCUUUGGCCUCUAUGGGGCAGUGUCGUGCACGCGUUGCCCUACAUUUAAAAGAAGUAGAGGAAGAAGGUGGCGCGCUUCGUCAACCUUUUUAGCUCGUUUUUCAUACAUUACGGAGAAAAUGUACCCGUGAGUAUUGUUACAUUACCUUUCUCUCUUUCUACAUUACCUUUCUACAACGUUCGAGUAUAAAUGUUUGUUAUUUGAUGGUAAAUACCUCCCGCAAUGUGCUAAUUUUUGUUAGCCUAAAUUUCCAUCGAGUGUUAGCAUUAGCGCAUACAAACUUAUUGUAUUUAAUGUGUGUGUAAUUGUAUUUCGUUGUGUCUAUAAUUAUACAGUAAACUCCAACUGGGCGGUCAAUAAACAUCUUAAAUGACACUCUUAUCAUUGGAUAGAGAUUUGAAACAAACAAACAAAAAGCUAGUUUGUGAGAAUCUGUUAAAGAUUAAGAUUUUAUUAUUACACUUUUUAUGUUAUGACUAUUUUUAAAAAGAUUCUAUGGUGGCGUACGCUUGAGCAUCUUAACCCCUAACGUUGCCAAGAGCCAACAUUGAAAUCUCUUUCAUUUGUGUCAAAA